UAAAAUAUCUAAUAUUUAUUAAAUGUGUAGUUUUAAAAAAAGUUUUUUUUCUUAAGAAGUCAUACCAAUAGUAAGUAAUUCAGAUUAUAAUAAUGAUUUUUCAUCAAUUUUGCGCGCUGAUAAUAUUCUUUGGGGUAUUUGUUAAUAUCCAAUUUAUCACAUGUUGUUGUUAUAAACCGACACCAGAGAAUUUUGAAGAUGCAGAAGAACUUGAAAUAGCAUGGAAAUUGGAUACUGGGUAUGAACGAUUAACACAAAAUUUACCAACUCGUGUGGGUAUAAAAGAAUUUAAACGUAUCAUGACUAAAGAUGAAAACAAACCAACAACAUUUACACUACACAAUAGGCCACAAAUUAUCUACUACAACCUUUAUUGCAGUAACUUAAGGGACCUAUUACAAUAUAUGAGCCUUAUUGGUUCAUUUGAAAGAAUUCAAAUAUUAAAAGAAAAUGCUAGUGUACUUUUAGACGAAUCAAUUAUUCAACACAUGCUAGCCCUAAUGCUAAAGACAGACCUAGAUGCACCUUUAGAUCCUUUAUGGGCUAUGUUUAUGUAUGCUAUUUAUAUAAGAGACCGAAGGUAUUAUUUAGAAGGUGACUUGGUCAUACAUUUUAAGGAUCUUAUACGAGUUAUAAUAGAAAUUUUAAAAUCACAUGCAAAAAAAAAUUGUGACAUAAAUAUUACAAACGAAAUAAAAAUAAAUGCAAAUGACACGUACAAAAAUGAAGAAAUAAAAAAAGUUGUGAAUGUUAUGAACAAAAGAAAUCAUAAUAAUUACUUUUUCCUGAGUGAUAUAGAGGUAGAAAAUCAUAUUUCACUUAGUAAAAUUUAUUUUAAUAAAGUUAUCCAAAAUAAUGAUAUUUUGAAAACAAUAAUAUUGGAUUAUGGAGAACAGAGUCAGAAAGUUUAUAACGUUAUCAUGGAAGAUAUUAAUACUGCAUAUAGAGAUGCAAGAAAUUAUCAUUGGUUUGAUUUAUGGAUUAUAAAAUUAGGAGAUUAUCAAGAUAAAGUUUUUGGCAUUUUUAGAAUCGUAGCUUUGUAUUUUAUAAGGAAACAUCUGUCGUAUUUAAUGUUCAAUACAGAUAACGAUAUUAUUAAGAAUAAUAAUUCCAAAAUGCACCAAUUAUUGUUAAAUAAUCAUACAUUAAAUAAUAUAUUCAAGUUUGAAGAUAAACAACAGAGCAUCGACAACAUUAUAAGAACAUUCUCUCACAAACCAAGUAAUUCUAGAUCCUAUGAUGUUAUAAAUAGUGGAAAUAUAAAUUUAAUUAAUGAACAUAUUAAAAGAAAUUAUUUUGGUGAGAAAUUUAAUAUGUUCAAAGAAGAUGACGAAAUUAAAAAAUCAUUAGAAGAUAAAUUGAAAAAUAACUUCGACAAGUUUAAAAAUUAUCUAGAUUAUUUAAAUAAUAUCUAUAUGAAUAUCGACAUUAAAAUUGUUCGAUCAUUCAUUGAGUAUUCUUCAAUAUACAUAUUUGUUGAGCCCCCAAGGGAUCGGAAAAAAGAAACAACAUAUAUUAACUAUUAAUAUGUAUUUUAAAUAUGAAAAAUUAAUUAUGUUUUCUAUUUUUUUAAUACUUAUAAAAAUUGAAUAUUGAGUUUCAAAUAAUAAAAUAAACUAUAUUCAACCAUA